CCCGUAUCAUGAAAAUUCGAGCUAACGUAUAGAAUCGAAUGCGAGUGCGACUAUUCGAAAGUGCUGUCAAGUUGACAAUAGUCGCACUCGAAUUCGAUUCUAUACGUUAGCUCGCUUGCGAGUAUCUAUCGAAUGCUCGAUGCGUUGGUCGAUAGAAGAUCCGAAAGUUCGUGUAGAAAUUUGACACCCAUAUUUGAUUAACUGUAAAACUUCGUAUUUCAUGAGUUUUUAUCAAAUAUUUACUCUUAUUCCACAAUAUUAUUGUACUAAACAAUUAUUAAAUGAAAAAUAAAAAAUAAAUAGUAGAUAAAAAAAUGUACUUAUUCUAAUUAUUUAAUCGUAAAAGAAGAAAAUUUUGAACGAAAUGUCAUACCUUUGUUUGACAUUACAUAAAUAUAACAUCAAAAUCAUUUCAUCUAAAGCAGUUGUAGAUUGUGGUCCAUUUUACAAUGAAAACAAGUGGGACGCAAUUCAAUUUGAUGAUUGAAUUUAUGGAACGGAAUGGGGAUCUAUCAAAGCCGGCCACCCACAUACAGCAUGGUCGGCCGUGGGUGACCAAAAAGUGGCAGGAGCUCGCUGCCCUUUUGAACGGUGACCCUUCAGGCAGCGAGAAGUCGGAGGAAAAGUGGAGGAAAGUUUGGAGCGAUUUUAAAAACAGCUGCAAAAAAAAGGUGGCUCGCAUUAACAAGUCCAUUAAUGGGACUGGUGGUGGCCCUGCUCUUACCUCCCAUUUAACAGAUGCGGAACAGCGGGUGGUGGCGAUGGUUGGGAUCCAGGCAGCCAUUGGGCUUGAUGUUGAAGAAGUUGGCUUUGGACAGGUAGAAACGCACAUUGACACUAAACCUCCAACAACGACUCGUGAACCUGCACUACCUGAUCCGGAAGAUUGGAACAUGCCUGGGACCAGCCAAUCGCCACCACACUUUCCUGGGGAGGUUGAGUUAGAGCCACCACUAGUCCCGGAGGAGAAAGCAUGGGAGCCACCAAAAAAAAAGAAAAAAAAAGAAGAAAUUGCUGAUUUAUAUAUUCAAUGUGAGAAGGAUGCCAGAGAGCGUGAAAGGGAACGGGAUGAUAGAUUUUAUGAAAUAGAGAGAGAAAGGAUACGGCAGAGGGACAUUGAGCUGCAGCAGAGGGACAGGGAGCUCACGCUGCAAGCUCAAUGGCUCCAGUUUAUGAGAGAUGGGAUGAGUUUGCUAGAGAGAUUUUUGUAUGAGAGAUCAUGAAUGAAAGAGAAUGUUCUUGUGAGGUAAUAAAAGUUUUAUUUAAA